AUGUCCAGUUUGACUCAGACCAUCACGGCCCCCAAUGGUGUGACCUACCAACAGCCGACUGGUCUCUUCAUCAAUAAUCAAUGGGUUGCUUCAUCCACUGGUCAAAAACUUCAGUCCAUCAACCCUGCGACCGAGAAAGAAAUCGUCUCAGUUCAUGCUGCCACAGCGCAAGAUGUUGACAAGGCAGUUCGUGCCGCCCGCGCUGCAUUUGAGGGAGAAGAAUGGCAAAGCAUUGUUGGGACUGCUCGUGGCAAACUGAUGCUGAGACUUGCCGACUUGGUUGAAAGCCAGCAACAUGUCUUAGCCACUAUCGAGGCACUGGACAAUGGCAAGCCAUACUCCCAGGCGCUGGGUGACCUUGAGGAGGUCUUCUCGGUUUUCCGGUAUUACGGCGGCUGGGCCGACAAGGCUUACGGACAGACUAUCGAGACUAGUCGCUCCAAGUUUGCCUAUACCGUGCGCGAACCUAUUGGUGUUUGUGGUCAAAUCAUUCCAUGGAAUUAUCCACUCGCGAUGGCAGCAUGGAAGUUAGGACCUGCGCUAGCUUGUGGUAAUACCGUGGUUAUCAAAGCAGCCGAGCAAACUCCUCUUUCCAUUCUCUAUUUCGCAAACAUCCUGGUGGAAGCGGGAUUCCCGCCGGGAGUGGUCAACAUCAUCAAUGGCUAUGGCGUUGAGGCUGGAUCAGCCUUAGUCCAGCAUUCUGAAGUCGAUAAAGUGGCAUUCACCGGCAGUACACCGACAGGUAAACAGAUCAUGCGGAUGGCCAGCGAUACCAUGAAGAAUAUCACGCUUGAGACUGGAGGCAAAAGCGCUCUCGUCAUCUUCGAUGAUGCCCAAAUUCCCAACGCAGUGAAGUGGGCACAUUACGGUGUGAUGGGCAACAUGGGCCAAGUCUGCACGGCAACGUCGAGGAUUUUCGUCCACGAGAAGAUCUACGAUUCCUUCAUCCAAAAGUUCAAAGAAUACGUUGCAAGUGUCCAAGUCAUUGGCUGCCCAUUCGACGAGAAGACAUACCAAGGCCCGCAAGUCUCCAAGGCCCAAUUCGAAAAGAUACUCGAAUACGGCAGGAUUGCCCAGGAGGAAGGUGCCACGAUCGUGUCCGGGGGUAAGGUUGCAGAAGGUAGACCCAACGGUAAAGGAUUCUUUGUCGAACCUACCAUCGUCCGUGAUGUGCAACCGCAUAUGCGGAUCUACAAGGAAGAGGUCUUCGGGCCAUUUGCGGUUUUCGUCAAAUUCUCCAGCGAGGCGGAAGCAAUCCGGCUAUCGAACGCGACUGAAUACGGGCUUGCCGCUGCUGUGUGCACGAGUGAUAUCACGCGCGCUCACCGUGUGGCUUCUAGAUUGAAGGCCGGCAUGGUCUGGAUAAACUCCAGCAAUAAUAGUGACUACCGUGUACCCUUUGGUGGUGUCAAGCAGAGCGGUGUUGGGAGGGAACUGGGCCAGGCAGGAUUGGAGGCGUACUCGCAACUCAAGUCGGUUCAUUUGAACCUGCAGUUGACAAAGCAGAUCUAG